AUGGGGCGGCGGGCGCUGCUGGCCGGCCGGGCCCCGCUCCACCUGCUGCUGCUGUGCCACGCCUGGGCGCUGCCGCCGCCGCCCCCGCGGGACACGCAGCCCGUGCUGCCCGCCCGCCUGCCCGCGCCCCCGGGGCAGCUGGCCCUGCGCCUGGCCGCCUUCGGCCGCGCCGUGGUCCUGCGCCUCCGCCCCGACACCACGUUCCUGGCCCCCCGCCUCCGCCUCCAGCGCCUGGGCGGCCGCCGCCCGCCAACGCCGCCAACGCCGCCGCGCCGCGGCUGCUUCUACGCGGGCGCCGUCGAGGGCAGCCCCGACGCGCCCGCCGUGCUCAGCAGCUGCGGCGCGGGAGGGCUGCGAGCCGCCUUCCUGCUGGACGGGGCGGCCUACGAGCUGCAGCCGCUGGGGCCGGCCGCGCCCGGGCCGCCCUGGGGCCGCCUGCACCGCCUGAGGCGCCGCGCGGCCCCGCCGGGAGCGCGGCCCGCCAGCCCCGGCCCCGAGCCCGGGCCGCGCCGCAGGGCCCUGCGCUUCGUGUCGCAGGCCCGCUACGUGGAGACGCUGCUGGUGGCUGACGCGUCCAUGGUGCGCUUCUACGGCGAGGACGUGGAGAACCACAUCCUGACCCUGAUGUCCAUGGCAGCUCGCAUCUACAAGCAUCCCAGCCUGAGGAACUCCAUCAGCCUGGUGGUGGUGAAGGUGCUGGUGGUGGAGGAGGCAGCAGCAGGGCCCGAGGUGUCUGACAACGGGGGGCUCACCCUGCGCAACUUCUGCAGCUGGCAGCAAAGGUUCAACCCCCCGAGCGACCGGCACCCCGAGCACUACGACACCGCCAUCCUCCUCACCAGACAGGAUUUCUGUGGCCACCAAAGCUGUGACACGCUGGGCGUGGCGGACAUCGGCACCAUGUGCGACCGCAACAAGAGCUGCUCCGUGAUCGAGGACGAGGGCCUGCAGGCAGCCUACACCCUGGCUCAUGAACUGGGCCACGUGCUCAGCAUGCCCCACGACGACUCCAAGAACUGCGAGCGGCUCUUCGGGCCCCUGGGCGAGCACCACGUGAUGGCCCCGCUCUUCAUCCACCUCAACAAGAGCCAGCCCUGGUCCCCCUGCAGUGCCAUGUACCUCACUGAGUUCCUGGAUGGAGGCCAUGGUGACUGCCUGCUGGAUGCCCCAGCCGAGCCCGUGUCCCUGCCUGCCGAGCUGCCCGGCCAGAGAGCCCUGUACAGCCUGGACCAGCAAUGCCAGCAGAUCUUCGGCAAGGACUUCCAGCACUGCCCCAACACCACGGAGGAGGACAUUUGUGCCCAGCUGUGGUGCAGGACGGGCAGUGGGGAGCCCCUCUGCCACACCAAGAAUGGCAGCUUGCCGUGGGCUGAUGGAACGCCCUGCAAAGCCGAGGGGCUGUGCUGGGACGGGCGCUGUGUGCAGCAGGAUGCCCUGAAACCCCAGGCGGCGCUGGACGGCGGCUGGGGCCCCUGGAGCGCGUGGGGCGCGUGCUCGCGGAGCUGCGGCGGAGGGAUCCAGUUCUCGCACCGCCACUGCGACAGCCCCCGGCCCCGGCACGGCGGCAGCUACUGCCAGGGCCAGAGAGCCAAGUACCAGUCCUGCCACACCCAGGAGUGCCCGCCCGACGGGAAAAGCUUUCGGGAGCAGCAGUGCGAGAAGUACAACAGCUACAACUUCACUGACCUGGAAGGGAAUCACUUGGAGUGGGUUCCCAAGUACGCCGGAGUGUCCCCCCGAGACAGAUGCAAACUCUUCUGCCGAGCCCGAGGGAGGAGCGAAUUCAAAGUCUUUGAGGCCAAAGUGAUCGAUGGCACGCUGUGUGGCCCAGAGACCCUCUCCAUCUGUGUGCAUGGGCAGUGCAUCAAGGCUGGCUGUGACCACGUCAUUGGCUCCUCCAAGAAGCUGGACAAGUGCGGGGUGUGCGGUGGCAAUGGCUCCACGUGCAGGAAAAUAUCUGGCUCGCUCAACAGAUCCAGGUACGGCUACAACGACAUUGUCACCAUCCCCGCCGGAGCCACCAACAUCGACAUCAAGCAGCGCAGCCACCGGGGGCUCCGGCACGACGGGAAUUACCUGGCCCUGAAGACCCUUGAGGGCAAGUACCUGCUCAAUGGAGACUUUGCCAUCUCAGCCAUGGAGCAGGACAUCCUCAUUAAGGGCACCAUCCUCAAGUACAGCGGCUCCAUGACCACUCUGGAGAGGCUGCAGAGCUUCCGACAGCUCCCCGAGCCCCUGACCGUGCAGCUGCUGACCAUUGCCAGCGAGGUCUUCCCACCCAAAGUGAAGUACACCUUCUUCAUCCCCAAGGACGUCCCUUUCAGCAAGCAGAAGGGCAAAGAGAAGAAGUCAGUCAAUGUCAUCCGGCCGAUGCUGACCUCCCAGUGGGUGCUGGGGGACUGGUCCGAGUGCUCCAAGACGUGUGGCUCCGGCUGGCAGCGGCGCACGGUGGACUGCCGGGACGUGGAGGGUCAAACCUCGUCUGCCUGCAACAGAUCGCUCAAGCCUGAGGACAUCAAGCCCUGUGGAGACGUGCCCUGCCCUCUGUGGCGCCUGGGUCCCUGGUCCCCCUGCUCCCAGACGUGCGGCGAGGGCGUGCGGACGCGCAGCGCCUCCUGCAUUGACUACGCGGGGAAAAUCACCGCCCCCGAGAAAUGCAGCUCGCCGGGACCGCCCCCGGCCACCAGCGCCUGCCUGCUGCGGCAGUGCUGAGCCACGGCGGGCUGCAGGAGCCCAGGGUGCCACACAGCACUGGGGCAGCACAGCCAGGGUGCCACCGGACUGGGGCAGCACAGCCAGGGUGCCAUGGACUGGGGCAGGACAGCCAGGGUGCCACCAUACUGGGGCAGGACAGCAGUGGUGCCAUGGGCAAAGACAACACUGGGACAGGACAGCCAGGGUGCCACACAGCACUGGGGCAGGACAGCAGUGGUGCCAUGGGCUCCUCCACACUGGGGCAGCACAGCCAGGGUGCCACCACACCAGGGCAGGACAGCCAGGGUGCCACCACACCAGGGCAGGACAGCCAGGGUGCCAUGGGCAAACACAGCACUGGGACAGGACAGCCAGAGUGCCACGGGCUCCUCCACACUGGGGCAGGACAGCCAGGGUGCUAUGGGCUAACACAGCACUGGGGCAGGAAAACCAUGGUGCCCAGGGCUCCACCACACUGAGGCAGGACAGCCAGGGUGCCAUGGCUAACACAGCACUGUGGCAGGACAGCAAAGGUGCCACGAGCAGCACCACACUGGGGCAGAACAGCCAGGGUGCCACGGGCUAACAGGACUGGGGCAGGACAGCAAAGGUGCCACAGGCAGCCCCACACCAGGGCAGAACAGCCAGGGUGCCACAGGCUCCAUCACACUGGGGCAGGACAGCAAAGGUGACAUGGGCUAACAGCACUGGGGCAGGACAGCAAAGGUGUCACAGGCUCCUCCACACUGGGGCAGGACAACCAGGGUGCUAUGGGCUCCUCCACAGUGGGGUAGGACAGCCAGAGUGCCACAGUGCCACCACAGUGGGGUAGGACAGCCAGAGUGCCACAGUGCCACCACAGUGGGGUAGGACAGCCAGGGUGCCACGGGCUCCACCAAACCAGGGUAGGACAGCCAGGGUGCCACGGGCUCACUCUCCAGUGCUUCAUCCCCACCACAUUGAUGUCUACCUCAGAGGGGAGAGUAACGGCAGCAAAACAGGGAGGAAUCACUUCUUUUCCUUUCUUUCUUCCUUUCUGGCUGGCUGCUUGCAGGGAAGUUGUAACUUAAAGGGAAAAAUAAGCAGAUCUGUAGGGUGUUUCCAAAGAGCUGGAUGUGGUUGCAGGUUGCUUUUGUAAAGUUUGCUGGGGUUUGGCACUGGAGAAAAUGGGGAGCCUGGUUUUGCUGUCACCCCAUCCCAGCUGCAGGUCAGGGAGGUCCAGGGUGGAUGUCUUUGCUGAUAAAACUGGGAUCUCUUCACAAAAGGCAUGGAAUGGGUCACCAUCCUUUCCCUGCAGCAGUGUGGGUGUCCUUGAGCAUGAGGAGUGUUUUAUCAGCUGUGGGUUUCACUUGGGAGAUAAAUAGCUUUUGUGAAUGGGAGAAGGAGUAAGCUGAGAGCCAGAUCCUGGCGUGAAUCAGGCAGGAGGACAGGUGAGAGGUGCUUUCUGCUGGAUUUAUAAUCUACAAGGUGACAAACCUCUUUCUCCAAACACCCCCAGCAUCUGUGGUGAUUCCUAGAGCUGGUACCCCACACCUCUGUUUCCCCAGCUGUAAAACCAAGGCUUAAUUACACCUGAUCUGUCUUAUAGGGUCACUGUGAGGAUUAAUUAAUUCCUAAUUCUGCAGUGCUCUGACUCUGAGAUGCCUGUUGUGAUGCCCUCUGGAGCAGGCACUCUGGUGUGCCAGCAUUUCCUUUCCCAUCAUUGUCCUUCAGUCCCCUGUGGGCCCAUUUUUUCAGCUCUGCUGUAAUUUUGGAGAUAAUUCACCAGCCUGGUGUGCAGCAGGGAUGAGCCCAGGAUCUGCAGAUGGUGCCAGAGGUGACCAGUGCUGCUCUUCACCUCUGCUUUCCUGGGACAUUUGAGAGUGCUCAGAUGUGGUGCCAGCUCCAGCCUUGAGCAGUUCUCGGUGCAGGACCAAGCCUGGCGAGGCUGGAGCUGCUCUUUCCCAGUGGGGAGCAGCCCCAGCCCUCUCCCCAGCCCAGCUGCUGCCUGGCCCCAGCACAGAUGGCUGUUCAGACCCUGAACUUUGCCCUUUCCAGAGCAAUCCCUGGCCAUGUGCUGGCAGCAGCCCGUGCCUGGGGAGCAGGGAUGGAAUUUGGAAAGAUUUUGCUGUUGCUGGAUGAGCAAUUCAGUAUCUCCAGGCUCCUCUCAUACCCUGCCUUGGCUUCCUUUUUGGCAGCAAAAUGUUGAAUUUCCAGUGGGAUCUGCCUUUUUCUCAUAGGAAGGGGAGGAGGGCUGGAAUUUUUGAUGUUUCAGAUUCCCCAUUCACAUUUAUGGAGCAAAUCCUUUUCCUUGUCCCUUUUGCCUGAGCGAGCCAAGCUCGUGUGAGACCCUGUCUGGCUGUCCAGACAGGUUUGGAAUGGGAUGGUGGGAUGAGCUGCUCCUCUGAAGACAGAAACCUCAAUAUUCAUCUGAAAACAUGAAAUAUUCCUGUUUUAUCUGCCAUACAUGAUUUCUAUCAAAACCACUACAGCCCAGGGUUGAGGGUAUUGAGUGCUUGGUUCCUUUGUUUUUAUUAGGAAAGGAAAAAAAACCUGAAGGCCAGCUGCAGCUGUUUGUGCUGUGGUACAGACCUACCUUUGGGCAAUGUUCUACAUCUGCUAAUUAAUCUCCAGGAAUUUAAGUUCUAACAAAUAGCUGGAUGCUAAAGUCAUGUAGCCUUGCAGGGUUAUUUUCCUUUUUCCCCUCUGAGUCUGCAAGGGAUUUAAACUCAAAGCCAGCAUGUGUUUCCUCUCCAGUGUCAGCACCAGCAUUUAGGAUGGGUCAGGAACAUCAGUCUGAGGCAGUGCCAAGGAAAAUGUCUGUAUUUAUCACCCAGGAUAAUGUGUGCAUGACAAGGGGUUUUUCCAGGCUUUUAUAAUCACUGUGUGGCUGCUUUUUGCUGGAUGUAAAAACUCCUUUUUUAGGGCAAACCCUGCUGCUUUUCCAGCAAGAGGGAAGGUGGGGAUCCCCCAGGAGGGGGGACCAGAGGCAGUGAUGCUCUGUUGAGGUGUGGGUGAUGCUAAGUGGAAUUCCUGCCCCAGAUUUCUGUAAAAACAAGUAGCCUUUACUCUGAUUUAAGUCAAAGAGGUUUUAUAUAUUAGGCUAUAUAUAUAUGUAUAUAUAUAUAUAUAUGUUUCCCUUCAGUGAAGGAUUGUAGCAAUGUACUGAGCCUCUUGUGUUAGGUAUUUAUUACAAAUUUCUGUUUGGUUUUGUACAGUAGCUGGAAAGGAGAAAAAAAAAAAAAAAAAGAAAGAAAAAAGAGAUUUAAAAGACUGUGUUUUAACAUGCUGCUCCCCACAUCCCCUCUCUGGAAGCUGCAGGGAGCUCAGAGAAGGGAUGUCUGCUCAUUGUUUAUCCACUCUGGUAUCUGACUGGUGUUUCCCUCCUCCCUGGUGUACCCACCAAGCUGUGUAAGCAUAACAAACCCAACCAAAAUUAAGCUUUGGAAUUCAUCUUAAGGAGAGGGGGGAAAAUACAAUUUUCUGAUUUUUAGCCUAUUGUUUGUAUUUGUUUUUAAUUUUGAAAACAGUCUGUUUGUGGCUCUGCCUUUACCCCUCAAUAAAGGACUUCCUGCCUUUUA